UAUUUUCCUACUCUGGAUCCAUAUCCAAGCGCCUGCAAUCUAGGGUUCGUCAAUCCCCUCCCCCCUCUCAUUCUUCCAACUUCGACUCUAUAUCCCUCUCCCUGCAUUCCUCUAUCCCUCUCUUAUCCCCCCUUGAUUUCUCCGUUCCAUUCUCCCUAUCACUGAUUGUUGACGAUCAUGACGAUGCUUGAUUCAGAUUAUAUGAUGGAGAACGGAGCAUCGGGAAUACCGUUGGCACCGGAGGAGGAAAAAGGGAUUGUGGAGGAAUUGAGUAAACAAGCAGAGUCUAAUUUGAAGGAAGGCAACUUGUAUUACGUUGUUUCCAAUAGGUGGUACACAAGCUGGGAGAGAUACACUAGGCAAGAUGUUGACUAUUAUUUGUUUGACAAGGAUACUGCUGAUUCUCGGUCUUUGAUUUCGCCGAAGCCAGUUGAUAGACCUGGACCAAUUGAUAACUCCGAUAUACUUGUACAUGGAAUUGAUACAGAAGGUAAUGAUCUGGAUCUUCGUAGAUCAUUGCAAGAAGGAUGUGAUUACAUUUUAGCUCCUCAACUGGUGUGGGAGAAGCUUUUUUGCUGGUACAAGGGCGGACCAGCAUUACCAAGGAAUUUGAUUUCACAGGGUGAUUUUAACAAGCAGUUUAAUGUGGAGGUUUUCCCCCUGUGUCUGAAGUUAAUUGAUUCCAGAGACAAUAGGCAAUUGAUUAUCAGGUUGAGUAAAAAGGCUUCUUUACAAGAGCUUUAUCAGAGAGUGUGUGCACUUCGAGGGAUAGAGCCAGAAAAGGCACGAAUCUGGGACUAUUUCAAUAAACAGAAACACGAAAUUCUACAGGAUUCACUGAAGACUCUUGAAAAAGCUGCACUGCAGAUGGAUCAAGAUAUACUUCUGGAGGUCCAAGAAGAUGGAUUUUGGCCCUCUUGUUUUAGCAUGGAUUCAACAGGAAAUGAAUUAGCUUUGGUUCCCAUAGACCCGUCAAGAUCAUCUGGGACAAUUGAAGGCAGCCCAUCUUUGUCCAAUGGACAUUCUACAAGUUAUGGUGGCAGUUUUAACCCACGAAGCACUUUAAGUUCAAUUUUUGCGGAUACGGAAGAUAGUUAUGAUAUUUCCAAGACUGUAACGAAGGCAGACAGGGGAGGUUUUGCAGGAUUGCAGAAUUUGGGAAACACUUGUUUUAUGAACAGUGCGAUUCAGUGUUUAGUUCAUACGCCUCCCAUUGUUGAGUAUUUCUUGCAAGAUUACUCUAAUGAGAUCAACGAACAGAAUCCUCUAGGUUUACAUGGUGAGCUUGCAGUUGCAUUUGGUGAGUUACUGAGAAAGCUUUGGUCUUCAGGGAGGACAGCUAUUGCCCCUCGUGCAUUUAAGGGAAAACUUGGUAGAUUUGCUCCCCAGUUUAGUGGGUUCAAUCAGCAUGAUUCACAAGAACUCCUUGCCUUCUUGCUUGAUGGGCUGCAUGAAGAUUUAAAUCGAGUUAAGCAAAAGCCCUAUUUUGAAAUAAAGGAUUCUGAUGGUCGCCCUGAUGAGGAAGUUGCGGAUGAGUGUUGGAGACAUCACAAGGCUCGGAAUGACUCCAUAAUUGUUGAUGUUUGUCAAGGACAAUAUAAAUCAACAUUGGUUUGCCCAGUUUGCAACAAAAUUUCGAUAACAUUUGACCCCUUCAUGUACUUAUCAUUACCGCUACCUUCUACGGUCACUCGGACAAUGACAGUAACUGUAUUUUAUAGUGACGGGAGUGUUCUUCCAAUGCCAUACACUGUUACUGUCUUACAGCAUGGCUGCUGUAAAGAUCUGAGUAUGGCUUUGGGUACUGCAUGCUGCUUAAGUAGUGAUGAAAGUCUGUUGCUUGCUGAGGUGUAUGAUUAUCAUAUAUGUCAUUAUUUUGAUAGCCCUUUGGAACCGUUAUCCUCUAUAAAAGACGGAGAACAUCUUGUAGCGUACAGAUUUCCAAAAAAGUGGGAAGAAUUAACAAGACUGGAGAUAUGUCAUCGAUACCUAGAAAAAUGUUCAUCAGACAAUUUGGAGGGCAGUCAAAGGAAGCUUUUCUUGACACCACUGGUUACAUAUCUUGAGAACCCACAAACUGGAACUGACAUUGAUCUUGCUGUUUAUAGAGUUUUGUCUCCAUUGAGACGAAAAACAUAUUUUGGUUCAGCUAAGAUUAAUGGUGGCAUGGAGAAUGGAUCUUUUUCAGAAGCUAAUGAUGAAUCAACAAAUUGCCUGGCUACCCAUAACGGACUUGGAUACCAGUCGAUGCAAAAUGGAAAACUUGAAGGAACAUCCUCCGAGAAGCUGAACUUUCAGCUCUGCAUAUCUAACGGCAGGGGUUUUAGCUGCUGGCCACUUUCAAAGAAUUCCCCCAUUAAACCUGGUCAACUGGUUCAUGUUAUGCUGGAUUGGACUUAUAAAGAACAAGAACUGUAUGAUUCUAGUUACUUAAAGGAUCUUCCUGUGGUUCACAAGGUAGAACUUAUUGCGAAGAAAACUCCGCAAGAAGCUGUCUCUUUGUUUUCGUGCUUGGAUGCAUUUUUGAAGGAGGAACCUUUAGGACCAGAUGACAUGUGGUACUGCCCUAGUUGCAAGGAGCACAGGCAAGCCACCAAGAAGUUAGACUUAUGGAGGUUGCCAGAUGUACUAGUCUUUCACCUAAAACGGUUCUCAUACAGCCGUUACCUGAAGAACAAACUCGAUACUUUUGUGAAUUUCCCGAUUCAUAAUCUUGAUUUAAGCAAAUAUGUGAGAUCGAAGGAUGCAUUUGGGCAAUCUCAUGUCUACGAGCUCUAUGCCAUUAGCAACCACUAUGGUGGCCUUGGUGGAGGGCAUUACACUGCUUAUGCUAAGUUAAUUGAAGAGAACAGUUGGUAUCAUUUUGAUGAUGCCCGUGUAUCGUCAGUUAGUGAAGCUGACAUCAAGAGUUCUGCUGCUUAUGUGUUGUUCUACCAAAGAGUUAAGGUUGAACCAAAUGCUGGACCAGUAAAACCAUCCCAGGAUCAAGUGAAUCCUUGAAAUGUAUUCUGGGUGUGCGGGCUUCAUUUUUUUUUUGCCUAUUAUUUUUGGCUCUUGUGCCUCUGCGCUCCAGGUGACAAUUUGGUCCAGUGGUAGAAUAGUCUAUCAACGUGAUAUAUGAUGUAUAGGAAACCUGGUGCCGUCUGGUUUGAAGGCAAGAGAACAGGCUUGGUGUGGAUAGUCAUUCAGCAACGUGGUGCCAAGGUAAAGAGAGGCUCUGGUAAGCAUGGCUGGAGUACUACUCUUCAUCAAAAUCAUAGUUUUUGGAUAGAAAAUUUCGCCGGUUUUGGCUUUUGGUAGGAUUUUAGAUAUUCUAAUUAUGAAGCUUCUUACUUAAAAGGUCAUUUUUUCCAUCGACAUGUUCCGCAAAUACUUGCAAUGUGGAACUUGUUUUGCUCCUUUCUGACUUACAAAGUCAAUUGGACUGAGAGGGGAAGUCAAAUGCCAUUUUUGUUGCUAUUA